UCCGACUGCCUCCGUCUCCGACAUGGAGAGAACGUGAAAGCUGAUGUAAAACGCGAAGAAGCUAUCGUAGCGUAUCUACUGAUUUUAUCGGUUUAUUUAAAAGUAAAGAACAGCUGUCAUUAUAGUGCUACGUCUCUUCUGAUAUUAACGUGCAAAGUGCGAUAGUAAAGUACGAUUAGUGUAAUACGCGUUUAAUGUUGAACGCAAAAUGUGACGUGGCGAUUCUUUCCCGAGUGCAGAAGUUUGAGUAGCCUGAACUCAUCACGUUGUAAUUUUCGUAUAAUAUAAUAAAUGUAAAAAGAAAAUAAGAGUCACAUUAUAAGUAAAGAAAUUACAUAUGGCAUACAAAUUUAUUCUGACAUCCAGUAUAUUACAAAGUUAAGAAAGAUACAUAUAUACCAACAAAAAAAAUAAAAAUAAAAAAAGGAAUUAAAUAUGGCAGACAAUGGAAUUCGAGCACUGGAUAUAUUUAACAAAAUGGACAACUUUCCAUCGUUAAGUGCCACAGGGAACAGCGUCAGUAGAAAUUGGUGCGCGUGGAAACAGAAAUUUUUAUCUUUUCUGCAGAAAGAAGAUGCCAAAGAAUUAUACAAGAAUCAAUGGACAGUUAUACUGUUAAUGUUGAUUGGGCCGCUUGGAGAGGCCGCAUAUAAGAAUCUGUCUCAAAAUGCUCAUCAGACAAAAGAUCUGGCAACAGUAUUACGUGAGCUAGAUAUACACUUCAUUUUUGGGCUUAAAAAAAAGCAGAAUAGCGAGAAUAUCGACAAAUAUGUUGAUAACUUAAUGCUUGUUGCUAUUGCAAGCAAUCACGGUGAUCCCGUGAGCAUUGUGAAGGAGAAAAUUAUAGAGGAUAUUAAAAAUUACAAUUUCACGGGGAAAGCUAUGCUUCUUGUGCAGUCCAAGGGAGAGAAUCUAGUACGUUAUUUACAAUCGAUGGACCUUCAUCAAAUUACGCUAUUUUGGAAACAGUGCGAGCAGCUUACGUUGCAAAAGAAUAGCGAGAACGUACAAAGGCAGCCCCUUUUUAAUUCGCAGUUCGACGAAAUGAAAUGCUCUCGCUGUGGUACUUGUCACAGCAGAAAUCGUUGUCUAGCUCACGGGGAGCGAUGUAACAACUGUAAAGGUUACAAUCACUUUACAGACAAUUGUAAGGUAAAAUACGUGUCUAACUGCACCAAGUGCGGAACGCAUCACGUUCAGUCACGUUGCCUCGCUUUCGGCGAAUUGUGCACAAAUUGCGGCAAGGUGAACCAUUUCUCGUGGUUGUGUCAAGUCCCUGUUGUAAAGAAUUGCCAUAGAUGUGGUAAGGACCACGCUAUAUCUAUGUGUCCGGCACAAGGUCGUGUAUGCUCCCGAUGUAAUAAGCCAAAUCACUUCGAAGAAAAGUGUUUAACCAAAUGAAUGAUGAACAAAAACAAUUUAUGCGGUACAGAUACUCCUUUGGAGAUUUUAAAGGAUAACGGCAGACAAGAGCUCUAAAAUUUUAUCUAUCUUGGAGAUUAAUAAGUUCUCUGAUCUAUUGAAAUUCUUCCUAAGUAAAAAUUAAAUUCUAAUUUUCAGUAUUAAAUAUUUUCGCAAGACUGAGGUCUAAAAUUAAAAUUUUAUCGAAGUAAAUAUACUGUUUAAAAUUGAGGAACAUGAUUUUGUUGUCUAUUCCGUAAAGUCAAAAUAUAAAAAAAAAUUUUUUUUUAAAUCAUCAGUCAUCUUGGAAAUUAUUAAUGUCUUCUGCUCAUUCAAGAUUCUCAUUAUAUAAAAAUUGAAUUUAAAUUUACCGGAAAAUUUGUUUGAAAUAAAGUCGCGAGCUAUAGAGAACAUCUGACAUAUCGCGAUGUAGAAGUGAAAUACUGUUUCAGUAAUAUAUUCUUUUAUGUACGCAAGAUUUUUUUUUUUAAGAUUAUGUUGAAGAUAUCUAUUUCUACAUUUCUAAAAUGUUAUAUCGAUUAAGAAGUUUAUUUGUUUUUUUUUUCUUUUGUAAGAGUUAGAUAUAGGAAAAAAUGAAUUUUUUUAAUGGUCUACAUACUUUAAAGCUUAUUAUACUUUGUUAUGUAGAAAAUUUAAUCUAUACAGCUUAUAUUUUAUUUUUUGAAAAAAGUUUAUAAGAGGGGAUAUUAUAUGUUUAGAUAAUUAAUUAUAUGAAAAACCAUCUUCUGUAUUAUAUAAUAUAAUGUAAACAUUAUUAGUAGGCUACCUUGCACGCUAAAAUAGAUCUAUUUUUAAUAUUUUGUUUCUACAACUAAAAGAGAUAUUCAAUAAUUUUCUUUUUUUAAAUAAC